GCGGUGCGGGGGGCGGGGCGAGGGCGUGGUCCGCGUGACGUCACCAGCCGCCGCGCCCAUCUCCCCCCGCCCACCUUCGACUGCGUCUCUCUCGCAACCUCGCUCCCACCACACGCCACUUUCCAGCUCCGGCUCAAGCUGCUCGCGCGUCUCCAGCUCCUCUCCGCGCUCCUCCAGAUAAAAUGGCUGUCCCACCAACCUUUGUUGACCUUGGAAAGUCUGCCCGAGAUGUCUUUUCGAAGGGUUUCGGAUUUGGUCUUGUGAAACUUGACCUGAAGACAAAGACUUCUAGUGGAGUGGAAUUCUCUACGAGUGGAUCAUCUAAUUCUGAGACUGGCAAAGUGAAUGCCAGCUUGGAGACCAAAUACAAGUGGGCAGACUAUGGCUUGAACUUGACGGAGAAGUGGAGUACUGAUAACACGCUUGCGACCGAGAUAUCAGUGGAAGAUCAGCUUGCCAAAGGACUUAAGCUGACAUUGGACACCACAUUUGCUCCUAACACCGGGAAGAAGAGUGGCAAACUGAAGUCGACUUACAAGCGGGAAUUUUUGAACUUGGGCUGUGACGUGGACUUGGACUUUGCAGGCCCAACUGUGAAUGGCGCAGCUGUGGUUGGCUAUGAGGGAUGGUUGGCUGGCUACCAGCUGGCAUUUGACACAGCCAAGUCCAAGCUGACCCGUAGCAACUUUGCCAUUGGAUACAAGACUGCUGAUUUCCAGCUUCACACUAAUGUGAAUGAUGGAACGGAAUUUGGAGGCAACAUCUACCAGAAGGUCAAUGACAAGCUGGAGACAGCCGUGGAUCUGGCCUGGACUGCGGGCAGUAACACGACCCGCUUUGGUAUUGCUGCAAAGUACCAGCUGGACUCAAACACUACUAUCAACGCCAAGGUUAAUAACUCCAGCCUCGUUGGCUUGGGGUAUACUCAGACACUUCGGCCUGGUGUCAAACUUUCACUGUCCGCCCUGCUUGAUGGGAAGAACAUCAAUGCUGGUGGCCACAAGCUCGGCCUGGGCCUGGAGUUGGAGGCUUAAAAGAGUGGCCUACACCAACUUGAGCUGUCUAGCAACGUUCUGCUGUACUUUACAAGGCAGUCAUUAUUUUAUAUCUGUGCAAUUAGCUUCAAAUUUAGUUAUCCCAUGUUACCUAGUGAACACUAGUUAACCUUAAUUCCCAUGUAACCCUAACCGUGUUUAUUCACGUAUGCAUUGCGUAUAUGUAUCCAUGUUUUAGAUUUCUUUAAAGCAUUUAAGUCCUUGUGUUCUUUAAGUUUGUGUAAAUGCAUAACCGUUUUUGGGAGCCUCUUGUAUAUCUUGGGAGUUAUUUUUUGCCUUUUUAAAAUAUGCACCUGUGGUUCAUUUGUGCAUGUUUCACUUUUCUGUUCUGUUAUCUGGUGGCAUAGUAAACUGCCAGGUGACCCUAACUGGCCUUCGUAGUUCUUUAUAAUUCACCUUGACUUGAUAAUAUUAAUUGCACACGUUAUAAAAAAAAUCUGCCCUGUAAGGUACAGCAUUGUCAUUUUACCCAAACAUUUUGCCAAUGCUGUUUCUUUGCUCUCCUCAGUUGGUGUAAUAAAUUAACGAACCUAAUUGGUAACUCUCUUGUGUAUUUUUUUGAAAGUUAACCUGAGGCUGGUUGUCACGAAGCCAUAAGCCACAACGUGUAUGCUUGUAUGUUCACAAUCUAUUACGUUUAAGUAACCAAUUUGCACAUGAAUUGGUCUACAUUUUGUGAAGAUGCAUUGCUUGCUGAAGUAUUGCCAAUCUCUUAAUUUUUAUUGCAAAGGUGUUUAAAUUUGGGUAUGAACAUUUGCCCUGUAAACAUUCAGUGGUGGAAUAAAAGCUGUCUUGUGUAAAAUUUAAGUUCCAAAUUCCUGUGGACUGUUUGGGAGCUUGUAACCUCGGUUAACUUCACAAUAAAAAAUAAAAGUGCA